AUGGGUGGCUGUAUUUCUGUGGACAAAGGCCCUGAAUCCGCCAUGAAACUUCAGCUUUCGGUCGGGUCUAAAAAUGAGAAGCUUCUAAUCCUAUCGCCGGUGAAAGAGAAACUGGAGAAGGUCGACGGAGGUCGUCGUACGAUUGCCGACGUGGCUUUCAAUUCCCAGAUGUCACCUGCUCUAUCCGCCCCUGAUUCUGGUAGUAAAGAUGAAACCUUCUUCGAUUCCCAACCAUGGUUAGAGUCGGAUUGUGAAGAAUUUUAUAGCGUCAACGGAGAUUUUACCCCAUCUCGUGGAAGUACUCCGGUCCAUCACAACUUCUCUGCAGGAACCCCACGAGUGAAUCGGGCAGAGUCUACUUCACCUCCAGAAAAGAGAAAGAAACUUUCCGAACUUUUUAGAGAGAGCUUACGAGGUGAUCAGGACGACGACGACAAGCAAAAUGCUGCAAGCAAUGAAAAAGAAGUUGCUGAAAAGGUGGAACCUUCGCCUAAAUCUGCAAAGUGGACCAUUUAUAUCGCUAGAGCUAACUCGUGCUAUAGUCGUGAAAAAACUACCGGCCGAAUGCUAGGAGCAGAGGAAAAAUCGGUAAACUCCGUGCAGUGUUGCCUUCCGAGAUUGCUCUCUAGUAGUCGUAGCUGUACUGAAAGGAAGAGGACGAGCCCUGUGCAUAACGUCGUGUAA